AUGUUCAUUACUCGAUGACUUUUUUCUACUAACCACAAAGAUAUCGGAACUUUAUACUUAUUAUUCGGAGCUUGAGCAGGCAUAAUUGGAACAGCCCUAAGUCUCCUCAUUCGAGCAGAACUUGGUCAGCCUGGGACUCUUAUCGGUGACGAUCAAAUUUACAAUGUGAUUGUUACCGCCCAUGCUUUCGUAAUAAUCUUCUUUAUGGUAAUACCAAUUAUAAUUGGAGGUUUUGGUAACUGACUAGUACCACUUAUAAUUGGAGCCCCUGAUAUAGCCUUCCCCCGAAUAAAUAAUAUAAGCUUCUGACUUCUUCCACCUUCAUUCCUACUCCUUCUAGCAUCCUCAACAGUUGAAGCAGGUGCUGGAACAGGAUGAACAGUUUAUCCUCCUCUAGCAGGUAAUCUCGCCCAUGCAGGAGCUUCCGUAGAUUUAGCUAUCUUUUCACUUCACUUAGCAGGAAUUUCAUCUAUUCUAGGAGCUAUUAAUUUCAUUACUACUAUUAUUAAUAUAAAACCACCUGCAAUAUCACAAUAUCAAACACCAUUAUUUGUAUGAUCUGUAAUAAUCACAGCAGUUUUACUUCUAUUAUCUUUACCUGUAUUAGCUGCCGGCAUUACUAUAUUACUUACAGAUCGAAACUUAAAUACAACUUUUUUUGACCCAGCCGGAGGUGGAGAUCCUAUUCUAUAUCAACAUCUAUUCUGAUUUUUUGGUCACCCGGAAGUAUACAUCUUAAUCCUUCCAGGCUUUGGAAUUAUUUCCCAUAUUGUUACAUAUUACGCAGGCAAAAAAGAACCUUUUGGUUAUAUAGGAAUAGUCUGAGCAAUAAUAUCCAUUGGCUUUUUAGGAUUUAUCGUAUGGGCCCAUCAUAUAUUUACUGUAGGCCUAGAUGUAGACACACGAGCAUAUUUCACAUCAGCUACAAUAAUUAUCGCAAUUCCCACUGGAGUUAAAGUAUUUAGUUGACUGGCCACACUCCACGGAGGGAAUAUUAAAUGAUCCCCAGCCAUGUUAUGAGCCUUAGGUUUCAUUUUCCUAUUUACAAUUGGAGGAUUAACUGGAAUUGUACUUGCUAAUUCAUCUCUAGACAUUGUUCUCCAUGACACAUACUAUGUUGUAGCCCAUUUCCAUUACGUCUUAUCUAUAGGAGCUGUUUUUGCAAUCAUAGGAGGCUUUGUUCAUUGAUUUCCACUUUUUACAGGUUAUAUACUAAACGAUAUAUGAGCAAAAAUCCACUUCUCCAUUAUAUUUGUAGGAGUUAACAUAACUUUUUUCCCACAACAUUUCCUAGGCCUUUCAGGAAUACCACGACGAUAUUCAGAUUAUCCAGACGCCUACACAACAUGAAAUGUAUUGUCUUCAAUUGGUUCAUUUAUUUCACUUAUAGCCGUUAUUCUAAUAAUUUUCAUUAUCUGAGAAGCUUUUGCAUCCAAACGAGAAGUUUCCUCUGUAGAACUAACUACCACUAAUAUUGAAUGACUCUACGGAUGCCCUCCUCCAUAUCACACAUUCGAACAACCAGUAUUUAUCAAAUCCUAA